GGUCGCUGUAAUCCAGAGUUUUCCGAGACGAGCUAUGAAGUUUAUCUGCACUAUUCUCGUUUUCCUUGGCCUGGCUUCCAUGGGUCACUCCAUGCUGUAUGGCCGAGGCGUGUUUCUAGUAUCAUCACCGACUGAUUUUCUCUGCAAGGCUUUCUCYUUCGAUCAAGCUUUCACCAGUGGACCAGUACAAGUCCAACUUGCCCUUCACAUGAACGAACCAAAUGCUUUUACUUACGAGGCCGCGGUGAGCUGGGUAGAGGAAGUGACGUUUAGUGGUUUCACUGCCUGUGUUGCUGCGUCUGGUCCUAUUUCCGGUGACAGAACAGUAAGUCUUCAGUGGAUGGCCUACAGCAGUGCUCCUGGAGGUGGCUUCGGUCAACAGACUAUCCAAACUUGGGUGGCAGGAACAAAAUGUGUCACUGUGGAUUUUGCUGCAGCUGGAGUGACAUUUGCAAAGGCACCCUUCAUCUACGUCACUUCYGUGCACAGUAUCACCCGCAACAAGCACGAUGCCGCAAGCAUCUGGGCCGAGGACGUGACCAUAUACGACUUCAUGAUAUGCUUACGUGAACUGAAGAACUUCGACGGCGAACACAAGCAAUUCACCGUGAACUGGCUAGCCCAGGAAACCCCUCCAACUGGAUGGACAGUUGGUAUUGAAAAUGCUGUCAAACUACCCAACACCUCGCCAUUGACAUCUAAUACUCACUACAGUUUCUGCCAGACAUACUCUCAAGAUUUCUAUAGUGAGCCAGUUAUGAUCACCACGGCCAAGCAUUUUUCAGAUACGAAUAAUCCAAACACCAUCUACCCCAAGAACAAUGCUAUAACAGAAUGGGUCGAGGAAGUUACCACGACGCAGUUCACCGUGUGUAUGAAAGACAUCCAGUCAAUUGCCAGCCACCAUGAUCCAGUAACUAUCAGUUACCUGGCAAUAGGAUAUCUGGACCCAUGCAUACCCGUUGAAUGCACCCACUAUUCCUUUUGUAAAGCCUUCGGUCCCAAGGAUGCCCGCUGUAUAUGUAAAGACAAAUGUCCAACCUUUGAAAACCUGCAGUGUGGAAGCGAUGGCAAUACGUACACCAACAUGUGCUACUACGAGAAGUAUAUCUGCAAUACUCGCAAGAAUGUUACUAUUGUGCAUCCCGGGGCCUGUUACGCAUUUAUUCUUCACCACGGCCGUGUCACUCUCGACCUAUCCACCACCGAUGUUCAGUGCAAACUUGUCGCAUACAAGACCCAGAACUUCAAGGUUGAUAGGACGGUCCACGUCCAAGUGUCGGUCAACUACCAUAACGGUCCUACAAACUUCGUCCACGAUGCUGCUGUUGUCUGGGCUGAGAAAAUCAACGCAUAUAACUUCACAUUGUGUGCACUCAAGGCUGGUAGGAACGAUCGAGCGACACCUGACAAUGGCAUCACGUUUGUUGAUUAUAUGGCUUACCAAGGAGCACCUAAUGGAGCUGUGGCUGGAGAAUUGGUCUUGACAAACUGGUGGGAGGGGACGACUUGUCAAACUGUCGUUCUGCCAUCGGGCAAGUUUACAGGUGUUCCAAAUGCUCUAGUUUCAUCAGAACACAUGGUGGUUGGUCAAAAACAUGAUGCUGCGACUAUCUGGCUGGAAGACACUAAGACAGACCAACUAAAAGUUUGUCUUCGUGAACUUCAGGAUUUUGAUGGGCUUCACAAGGACAUUCAUGUGAACUGGAUUGCCUAUGAAAACCUACCAGCCGAGAUGAACACAGAAAAGCUGGUUAUUGAUUUCCCUAACAUCAAUCUACCAAACACAGCCGAUAACUUUGCCUACUGCCAGACGGUCGCUUUCAAUGGAAACUACACAACCACUCCUACAGUGAUAAUCACAGCUCUUCAUCGCUCGUCUGCGUUAGCGCAUCUGAUACCAGAAUAUAACAGUAUUUCUGCCUGGGCAGAGUUCAUCACUAUAACUCAGUUCCGUGUCUGCCUUAAAGAACUCCACGCCCCGAAUGGAUACGAUCCUGUCGUCGUCACAGCUCUUGCCAUAGGUGAGUUUGUAGAGUCACGCGUAGCGUGCGUGACAUGUCACGUGAUUGCUUAG